AUGGCGGCUGCGUUGAUGGAUCCGGCGCAGGUGUCUGUAACAUUUGAUGAUGUGGCUGUGACUUUCACCCAGGAGGAGUGGGGACAGCUGGACCCCGCUCAGCGGACCCUGUACCAGGAGGUGAUGCUGGAAAACUGCGGGCUCCUGGUCUCUCUGGUGGACAAGACAGCUCUGCCUGUGCCUGCAAAUGGGGAGGCAGCAGGGCUCAGCAAGGAGAAGGAGGCUGAGGGGAGGGAGAGUGAAGAGGUGCCUGGAAAGGUCUCUGAGGAGGAGAGGAGGGGCUGCUGCCUGUGUUACCUCCCAGACACAGAGUGCAUAGCGGAGGCCACUGCAGCAGACUCCAGGAGAGCCACUGGACCGAGGGAGUCCGGCUCCCUUCUGCAUCGCUUGGGCUGUGCAAUCAUGUUGAGCCCUGCAGGGGGCACAGGCAGAGGGGCAGUCCCUGAAACAGGCAGGGGGAUAGAGUGGGAAGGCUGCCUGGCCCUGCAGUCCCAGGUGGCCUCAGUUUCACCACCAAUGCACAGUUGA